AUGCUGAUCUCCCUGCUCUUCCCCCAAGCGAGCUGGCCCCUUCGACGCCUCGCCCGGGACUUGCACCGUUGCAGGUGGGGGUUGCUUGGGCAGAAGAGGGGUGGCUGUCCCCACAGGAGUCUGCAGACCGCCCAGGCAGCCUACAGCAGUGACAUUACCCCUGUUUUCACUCGGGCUGUGGCUUUCGGUGAUAAAAUUGCCAUCAUUGACCAAAAUGGUGAGCACACUUACAGGGACCUUCUCAGCCAGAGUCUGCGCUUGUCCCAGGAGAUCUGCAGAGCUCUGGAGUGCUCCAGCAGGGACUUGAAGGAAGAGAGGAUCUCGUUUUUGUGUCCUAAUGAUGCCUCAUAUGUAGUGGCCCAGUGGGCUUCCUGGAUGAGCGGGGGCAUAGCAGUGCCCCUGUACAAGAAACACCCUGUGCAGGAACUGGAGUACGUGAUUCAGGAUUCGCAGAGCGCUCUAGUCAUCGCAGCAGAGGAGUAUGUGGGGAAAAUAACCCCUAGUGCUGAGAAGCUGGGAGUCCCGCUUCUGCCACUGCUCAGGUCUCACAGCGAUGGAUCUGCAAGUCAUGCAGCAGGGGAAGAGGGUCCCUUGACAACCUGCUCCUCGUGGAAGGACAGAGGAGCCAUGAUAAUCUACACUAGCGGCACAACAGGAAGACCAAAAGGUGUCCUCAGCACCCAUGAGAAUGUCCAAGCCGUGACUACAGGGCUGGUUGAAAAAUGGGAGUGGAAGAAGGAGGAUGUGAUUCUGCACGUGCUGCCUUUACAUCAUGUCCACGGGGUGAUCAAUAAGCUCCUCUGUCCUCUCUGGGUGGGAGCGACAUGCAUCAUGUUCCCCGAAUUCAACGCACAGAUGGUUUGGAAGAAGCUCCUCAGCUCCGAAGGUCCCCGUGUCAGCGUCUUCAUGGCCGUGCCCACCAUCUAUGCCAAGCUGAUCGAGUAUUACGACAAGCACUUCUCCCAGGCGCAAGUGCAGGACUUUGUGCGUGCCUUUUGCCAGGAGAACAUCAGGUUAAUGGUGUCAGGCUCCGCAGCCCUGCCUGUGCCUGUCCUGGAGAAGUGGAAGAGCAUCACGGGGCACACACUGCUGGAGAGGUAUGGGAUGACUGAGAUUGGAAUGGCGCUUUCUAACCCUUUGCAUGGAGCCCGGGUCCCAGGUUCUGUGGGCACCCCGCUGCCAGGGGUGAAGGUGCGCAUCGCCACCGAGACCAUGAAGAACGGCGGUCGCUCCUACACUGUCCACGCUCAGGGCGAUGAACACGACACACAG